UAAGUUGAAUGGCCGAUGAAAAUUAUAAGUUAUUAUCAAACUUAUAAGUAUCAAAUAUUACUGUAAUUCAAAUUAAAUUAUACUUGAAUAAUAAAAUAUGUUAAGUCCAAAUGUACAUGCGUACUUCGAAUCUACUUAUUUUUCUUUCCCAAGUUAGAUGGCCUAUCAGUGAAUCCACUAUUUUCUAACAGAACAGGCUUUCGAAGAAGAUCAGAAAAUGGAAACUACAGCAACAAAAAAUGAUAAUACUAAUCAGAAUAAAAAUGAAUUACAAUUAACAAAAAUUAAUAAAUAUCAAAAUGUGAAUUAUAAAUCGGAUGCAGAUUAUGCGGUAAUAGUAGCUCGGACUCUUUUAACUCCACUCGGUAUUUAUCCAUUACAUGGGUCAGAUACAAGUUUGAGUAAAUUUUUAAUAGGAAUUCAAAUAAUAAUAGUUUUUGGUUUAAUGUUAUUUCUACUGGUACCGCAUUUUAUCUGGACUUUUUUCGACGCUGAAGAUCUUAAAAAAUUGAUGAAAAUAAUUGCUGCUCAAAUAUUUAAUUCAUUGGCUCUGAUUAAAUUUUGGACUAUGAUUAUCCACAAGAAAGAAUUGAGAAAUUGUUUAAUACAAUUGGAAAAUAAUUGGAAAAAUGUAUUAUGUGAGGAAGAUAGAGUGAUAAUGAUAAAAAACGCUAAAAUUGGAAGAUUUUUUACGAUCGCAUAUUUAAGCCUCUCUUAUGGUGGUGCUCUACCUUAUCAUAUUUUGUUACCAUUGACAGCUGAAAGAAUUGUUAAAGAAGAUAAUAGUACUCAAAUACCAUUACCUUAUCCUACUGAUUAUGUUUUUUUUGUUCCUGAAGAUUCGCCUGGUUAUGAAAUGCUUUUUGUGACUCACAUUAUUAUUAGUACAAUGAUUUUAUCAACAAAUUGUGGCAUAUAUAGUCUUAUGGCUACUUAUAUUAUGCAUGCGUGUUGUCUUUUUGAAGUUGUAUGCCGACAUUUAGAUGAAUUUUCAAAAAAUAGAACUGAAAAUGAUUUCAAGGCUGAACUUACUUGGAUUGUUGAGAAUCAUAAUCGAGCUAUACAAUUUGCGGAAGUACUUGAAAAUUCACUUAAUAUUGUGUUUCUUUGUGAAAUGGUUGGAUGUACAGUCAUAAUAUGCUUUUUGGAGUAUGGUGUUAUUGUGGAUUGGGAAGACGGUAAACUCUUAGGUUUAGUAACAUACAUGAUUUUGAUGACAUCAAUUUUCGUUAACUGCUUCAUAAUUUCCUUUGUUGGUGAGCGCUUAAAAGAACAGAGUAUUAAAAUUGGUGAAUCUGCAUACUUUGCAGAGUGGUAUCUGUUACCAAAAGGUCUUGUUUAUGAUUUUAUGCUAAUAAUGAUAAGGUCAAGUAAGCCAGCAAGUUUGUCAACGGGUAAAGUUAGUGAUUUAUCGCUAGCUGGAUUCGCUGGACUUGUCAAAACUUCAGCGGCAUACCUGAAUUUUAUACGAGCUGUUGUCUAGUUUAUAUUCGACAGUCACUCGGAAAAAUAGUCAACAAAUUUUCAUAAAUAUGUCACUUUAUAUGGUGUGUAAUCUUCACUCGAAUAUGUAUCGUUAAAAAUAAAUCUUAAUUUCAUACUUCAUGCGCACAUGUUGAAACAGAUUACACCAUAAAAAUAUUGUGUAGUUACGUUGAAAACGAUCCGUAUUAAAAUUUUUGAGUGAAGCACUUAACGUUUUAUCAUGUUUUUUCCACUAUGUUACUUGAAAAUUUUUAACCGAUUAAUGUUUAACAUUUAAAAAUUUAUAUUAUGAAACACUACAAUUUUUUAAAAUUUAAAUUAACUAU